AUGCUAUUCUGCGCCCCCUGGAGGAAGCCACAGGCGGAAUCCAGAUCCCUCUCCGAGAUUUAUAAGCCUCCUGAUGGUCGGCUGACCAAGGAUGUGCUUCUUGGAGAAGGCGGCACCGGAGACGUCUACAAGGGACGACACCAUCGAAGAGGCGUGGUAGCGGUGAAGAUCGCCAACAUCAGCCGAGAUGAAGAGUCAGUCAUGAGGGAGCUGAAGUUUCUCCAGCAGUUCGGAGGCCACAAGAACAUCGCCUCUUACUAUGGAGCUUACUACAGGGCUCCACUCACGGAAUGCUCAUCGGAGCACUUGGAAAUUGUUCUCGAGUACUGUGGUGGCGGCUCUCUCCACACCCUCAUCAGCAGGACCAAUGGCCAAUCCCUGAAGGAGACCUGGAUUGGCUAUGUCUGCAAGGAGGUUUUAAAGGGGCUGCACCACAUCCACAAGAACCGGGCCGUUCAUAGAGACAUCAAGAGCCUGAACAUCAUGCUCACAGAGACGGCCAAAGUGAAGACCAUCGACUUUGGAAACAGCUGGGACCUGGAUCCGCAGACUGGAUUGUGCCACGAAGCAGACGGGACUGCACAUUGGAUGGCACCCGAGGCCAUAAGGCAGAAGGGCCAGCGCCUGGCGUACGACACCAAAUGUGACAUCUGGUCGCUGGGCAUAACCGCCAUCGAAAUGGCCGAGGGAAAACCACCAUACGCAGAUGAAUACCCGGUGGAGCACCUGAUUAGAGAAGCCCAACCACCGAGGCUUCAAUCAAACAACUGGUCACAAAACUUUGUGUCCUUCUUGGAGUCCUGUCUGAAGAAGGAUCCUUCGGAGAGAGGGAGUGCUGAAGAACUCCUGCAGCACCCAUUUGUCACCCAACUGCCGCCUAAGAAGAUCAUCAGGGCCGAGAUUAAAGAACAUCUCAGGACUCUGCAGAACCGGCCGGCCAAGAAAGGAUUGAAGGGAGUAGCUCUCUGGAGCCUGAAACAGCUGUGGCGUGCUUGUACACAGACAUCGGCAGAAGAAGAAGCAGCUCUGCAAAUGGCCCUGGAGGGCUUCUCCUGUUAGUGAUCUUGUGGCCAAUUACAUCAACAGCCCACAAGGAGUUUCCUUAAUCACAG